AUGGAGCAGGAGCACGCCGCGAGUUUGACGGCCCGCGCCGUGAAGAAGGCGCUGCCCGAGCGCGCCAUUUUGACCAAGGAUGCGCGGCAGACACUGAACUCUGCAGUCAGCGUGUUUACGCUGUAUCUGGCGUCCAUUGCGCACGAGACGUCGGUGGCCAACAAGCGCAGCACGAUCACACUGAAGGACGUGCUGCAGACGCUGAGAGACGCGGACUUUGAGCACUUCAUCGAGCCUAUUGAGGCCUGCCUCCAGGAGACGAAGGCUGCCGCGAGCAGGAAAAAGAGCCAAAAGACUGCGGUUGAAGAGGAAGAGGGCGGUGCGACUACCAACGAGGUUGAGGAGCGACUGGAUGAAGUGGCGAUUGACACGAACGAGGAGGAUGCCGACGAGGACGAAGGCAUGGCGUCGGUGGACGAGCCGUCGGACGUUGAGGAAAACGAACAGGAUGCAGGUGAAGACGCAGAGGAGAAGGGAUCGGCCGACGAGGACAUGCAGGACGACGCCAAGACAGAGGAGGAGCCCCCCACACGGGAACGGAAGGCUGAAGACAAUGAC